UUGCAUGCACCUGCGUGCAAGGGAGGCCGUCUGCAGCUUGGAGGACGGGUGGAAGUUGCUGUGACAAGGUUUUCUGUAGGUGCCGCGCCACCCUGUGCCAGGGUGUCAUGGAAGGACUGUUGACAAGAUGCAGAACGCUGUCUGCCCUGGCCGCCCGUCGCCGCCAGCUCUCUGGGUGCGUGGGUCUCUGCAGGUGUCACCACGAUGCCGCGGGGAGAGGGCCGCGCUUGCUGCUGUCCCGUAUGUUCCAGCCACAGAACCUGCGGGAAGAUCAGGUGCCCUCGGCGGAGGGCAGAUCUAGGGACCUGACCUGUAAGAGCCAGCGACUGAUGCUGCAGGCGGGCCUGAUCCUCCCAGCAGGCCCUGGCUGUUACCACCUCCUGCCCUACACCGUCCGGGCCAUGGAGAAGCUCGUGCGGCUGAUCGACCAGGAGAUGCAGGCCAUCGGGGGCCAGAAAAUCAACAUGCCCUGCCUGUGCCCAGCCGAGCUGUGGCGCGCCUCCGGCCGCUGGGACCUGAUGGGCAGGGAGCUGCUGCGGCUGAAGGACAGGCACGGCAAGGAGUACUGCCUGGGGCCCACUCACGAGGAGGCCGUCACCGCCCUGGUCGCCUCCCAGAAGACCAUGUCCUAUAAGCAGCUUCCCUUGCUGCUGUACCAGGUGACCAGGAAGUUUCGAGACGAGCCCAGGCCCCGCUUCGGACUUCUCCGAGGCCGGGAGUUCCACAUGAAGGACAUGUACACCUUUGAUGUCUGCCGGGAGGCCGCCCAGCACACCUACGGCCUGGUGAGCGGCGCCUACCGCGGCCUCUUCGGCCGGCUGGGGCUGCGCUGCGUCAGGGCGCAGGCGGCCGUGGGCAGCAUCGGGGGCCACACGUCCCAUGAGUUCCACCUGCCCGUGGAUGUCGGAGAGGACCGGCUUGCAGUGUGUCCCAGCUGCCACUUCUCCGCCAACGUGGAGACCCUCGGCCCAUCCCAGACAAGCUGCCCCGCCUGCCAGGGCCCCCUGACGGAAACCAAGGGCAUCGAGGUGGGGCACACGUUCUACCUGGGCACCAAGUACUCCUCUGUCUUCAACGCCCAGUUCACCAAUGCCCACGGCGAACCGUCCCUGGCCGAGAUGGGCUGCUACGGCUUGGGGGUGACGCGGAUCUUGGCCGCUGCCAUCGAAGCGCUCUCUGCGGAAGACUGCAUCCGCUGGCCCGGCCUCGUGGCCCCGUACCAAGUGUGUCUCGUCCCCCCCAAGAGGGGCAGCAAGGAGGCGGCGGCGGCCGCGGCGCUCGUGGGCCAGCUGUACGACGACAUCGCAGACUCGGCGCCUCAGCUCCGCGGCGAGGUCGUGCUGGACGACAGGACCCACCUGACCAUCGGGCACAGGCUGAAGGACGCCAACAAGCUCGGCUACCCCUUCGUGGUCAUCGCUGGCAAGAGGGCCCUGGAGGACCGUGCCCACCUGGAGGUGUGGUGUCAGAACACCGGGGAGGUGGUCUUCCUCCCCAAAGAGGGGGUCGUGGAGCUCCUGACCGGCGUGCAGGUUGUGUAGGCGCCCGGGCCCGGCGUCCCCUGCGGCAUUGCUGUAAGCCGGCCCCUCUCUCGUGGAGGGUGAGCCCAUGUCAGGGGAACCCGGAUUUACCUGGUUGUCCCCGCGGAUGACGUCUAAGGCGGCUGAUCCGAUCCCUGCCUCAGCCGGCCAUGGCGCCCGCUGUUCUUGACACUUCCGCAGGAGGCUGACAGGCACACCGGAGACCCGGUUCCCUUCCCUUCCCCACGGUUCCUGUGUUCAGGAGUGGAAUGAACGGGUGAGGGCCACUAGCCCCUCCCCCCUCCAGACACACGCACAACACUGGGAAGUGUGACCACGCCUUGCAUUUCCAUUGUCCAGAAAGCAAGCCUAUGACCAAGAGUUCAGGGGGAGUCCGGAGACCUGACUGCCACCGACUCACUGGUGAGGGCACGUCAGCUCCCCUGCUGGGGACAUCUGUGAGUCAGCAAGCUGGAGCCAGGUCUCCAAGGUCCUCCGCUAGAGGUUCGCGACACACGGAUCUGGUCCCUGGGACCAGCACAGUCUAAGCUUCCCCGAAAGUUGUCAUAUUACCUGGUAGCCUAAAUCCUUCCUCCAGACCCCUUACCCUUCUGGGGUGGCCUACUCACUGAUGAUGUUUUCUACUGAUCGAAUAAAAUCAAACUUUGGUUAUGAGAC